AUGGCAAGGAAACAACACCUCAUAGCUGAGCAACGCAACUUAUUUGUUGUAGUACUCAUUACUUUAUCAGUAAAAGAGAUGAUGCCUUAUGGAGCAGAUGUCCUAAUAGACAAAUUAGAGUGUAUUGGACACAUACAAAAGCGGAUGGGGCGUAAUGAAGCACCGAAUGUGUCGUCAGUUCGCAGACUCAUGAAACAUUUUCUUGAGAUGGGUUUACCAUUCGACCUUAAAAGUUCUGGACGUGGUCGUUCCAGCCACACUGAGCAGAACAUUGUGUUGAUAACUGGUGUUAUUGUUAGUGUUUCUUUUGGCAAUAUGGCCACCGGGGAGGUGUUUGAAAGAUUUGUAAAUGACAUUUUCAAUGAAUCAGAAUCUGAGGAAGAAUUUGGUGGGAGCGAUUCUGAAGAAGAUAAUGUGGAAAUAAAUAACGAAGAUAGUGAAAGUGAACAAAGUGCUGAUGAACUAGAAGUAAAUGGAGAUGAUGGAAUGGAUGAAGAUUUACGCUUUUAUAUUGGCAAGAAUCAACUAACAUUGUGGAUGAACAAACCGCCACGUCAAAAUGUUCGAGUUUUGGAUCGGAACGUUAUACCUGCAAUGCACGCACCAGGAGUGAAACCAGCAGGUAAAAAUGCUCUUACACCUAUACAGGCCUUUGAGCUUUAUUUCACUGAUGAAAUUCUAGGCAAAAUUGUUGAUUAUACAAAUGAAAAAAUUGAUCAACUGAGAGGUGGUUAUAAUAGGGAACGUGUUGCAAAAAGUACUAACUUAGCUGAAAUAAAAGCUGUAAUUGGUCUUUUAUAUUUAGCUGGUAUGAAGAAAAGCUCACACGUCAACUUGAAAGAUUUAUGGGCAAGAAAUGGGUUGGGCUUUGAAUUAUUUUGCUGUGUAAUGAGUCUCCCGAGGUUUGAAUUUUUGUUGACUGCUAUACGUUUUGAUAGCAUCGCAACCAGAGAUCAAAGAAUAAAAGUUGAUAACCUUGCACCUAUCAGAGAAAUCUUUACUGACUUAGUUGAAAAUUUCCAAAAGUACUAUUCACUUGGUCAUUUGGUGACUCUGGACGAGAAACUUGAGGCAUUUAGAGGCAGAUGCCAAUUUCGGCAAUACAUCCCCAACAAGCCGGCCAAGUAUGGCAUCAAACUAUUUGCGAUGGUUGAUGCAAGAAUGUCAUAUACAUUCAACUUGGAAAUGUAUGCCGCUAAACAGCAUGAGGGCCCAUUUAAGGUUUUAAAUGCAGCAAAAGAUGUUACUAUGAGAAUGAUAAAGCCAAUAGAAAAUUCAGGAAGAAACCUAACUACAGAUAAUUGGUACACUAGUGUUCCGUUAGCUAAUGAACUAUUGGCUAAAAAAAUAACAUUAGUUGGAACCCUCAGGAAAAACAAGGGUGAAAUACCUCCAGAGUUUGUAGCAAAAAAGCCAAUACACUCAUGUUUGUUUGGCUUUGAUGAUAACAAAAUCACUAUGGCAUUAUGUUUCGCAGCUUCUCGUUGGGGUGAUACGUGUUCGAAUUUGCGGAGUGAGAACACGAAGCGCACAGCCGAGUUUUGA